AUGGCGUUGAUCGCUAUUGGUGUUUCUACGUUGAUUGUGACAAAUCUUCCAUAUUCGUUGGAGAACGUGAAACAAAUUUGUAAUAAUUGUUCAAUAUGCCAAGAAGUGAAGCCACAAACCAAACUUAGUCAACAUAAUUCAGACCAUGCAAGCAUUCGAGAGAAUUUCAAAGUCCUGAUUCCUUCCGAAAAGCAUCCUUAUCCUCUAACAAUCGUUGACGAAUACUCUCAGUUUCCGUUUGGUUAUCCAGUAUCUGACACAUCAGCUCAGACUGCUAUAAGAUGUUUUACAGACCUGUUUUCAGUUUUCGUUAUGUCCGGUUAUGUACAUUCCGAUCGUGGAAUUGCCUUUAUGUCUACAGAAUUGAGAGAAUGGCUCUUUAAUAAGGGCAUUGCAGCAAGUAGGACAACACCAUACAAGCUCAACAGUACUAUUUGGAAAUUGGUACUACUCUCUUUGAAAACCCGUACCCUUCCAGUAUCUUCAUGGGAAAUAGUUCUUCUAGGCGCACUGCAUUCAGUCAGAUCUUUACUUUGUACGUCUACCAACGCUACUCCUCGUGAACGUCUCUUUAACUAUGAAAGAUGUUCAGCUACAGGAACAUCUAUACCAUCAUGGCUUCUCAACCCAAGACUUGUGCUUGUGCAAAGGAACAAUCGUACUAGCAAGUAUGAUCCUAUCGCUGACCAAGUCGAUUUAAUCGAAGUCAACCCCCAAUAG